UUUCCUUCGGAUACCCGCCUGCGGUCCGUUUCGGUCGGUGGAACAACUAAUCUUAAGUGUCUAAAAAUGAUCUAAAUUUAGACUUGUGUGUGUGAGUGGCACUAUGGCCUAACGUCAGACAGCGGCUAGCAAGGCUAACAAGCUACCAACUGACUGCAAGGGUGUUGCUAGGGUGUUUCACCCAACCACACAGCAGUCUCCCCAGGAUGAACAGGAGAAGCUUCUGGAUGAAGCUGUGCAGGCUGUCAAGGUCCAGUCUUUCCAGAUGAAGCGAUGCCUGGACAAGAACAAGCUGAUGGAUGCUCUGAAGCAUGCCUCUAACAUGCUGGGUGAGCUGAGGACCUCCAUGCUUUCUCCAAAGAGCUACUAUGAGCUCUAUAUGGCCAUCUCUGACGAACUCCACUACCUAGAGGUUUAUCUGACGGAUGAGUUUGCCAAGGGACGCAAGGUAGCAGAUCUCUAUGAGCUGGUCCAGUAUGCAGGGAACAUCAUCCCCAGACUCUAUCUGUUAAUCACAGUGGGUGUGGUGUACGUUCGCUCCUUCCCCCAGUCUCGUAAGGACAUUCUGAAGGACCUGGUCGAAAUGUGUCGUGGUGUCCAACACCCACUCAGGGGCCUCUUCCUCAGAAACUACCUGUUGCAAUGCACCCGCAACAUACUGCCAGAUGAUGGGGAGCAGUCUGAGGGGUCAGAGGAGAUGACCGGUGAUAUCAAUGACUCCAUCGACUUUGUCCUGCUGAACUUUGCGGAAAUGAACAAGUUAUGGGUUCGAAUGCAGCAUCAGGGUCACAGCCGAGACAGAGAGAAGAGAGAAAAGGAACGACAAGAACUUAGGAUUCUGGUGGGCACCAACCUAGUUCGCCUCAGCCAACUGGAGGGUGUCAACGUGGACAAGUACAAACAGAUUGUUCUUCCUGGAGUGCUGGAACAAGUUGUGAACUGCAGAGACUCGCUGGCUCAGGAGUAUCUAAUGGAGUGCAUCAUUCAGGUUUUCCCAGAUGAGUUCCACCUUCAGACCCUGAACCCUUUCCUGCGUUCCUGUGCUGAGCUUCAUCAACACGUCAAUGUCAAGAACAUCAUCAUUGCCCUCAUUGACAGACUUGCUCUGUUUGCUCAUCGAGAAGAUGGCCCUGGCAUUCCAGCUGAGAUCAAACUGUUUGACAUCUUCUCUCAACAAGUGGCAACUGUCAUUCAGUCUCGCCAGGACAUGCCAUCAGAGGACGUGGUCUCUCUCCAGGUCUCCCUCAUCAAUUUGGCAAUGAAAUGCUAUCCUGAACGUGUUGACUAUGUAGAUAAGGUCCUGGAGAGCACUGUAGAGAUAUUCAACAAGCUCAACUUGGAACACAUAGCGACCAGCAGCGCAGUGUCAAAGGAACUUACCCGACUGUUGAAGAUCCCGGUGGACACCUACAACAACAUCCUGACAGUGCUACAGCUCAAGCACUUCCCACCACUCUUCGAGUACUUUGACUAUGAGUCACGCAAGAGCAUGAGUUGCUAUGUGCUGAGCAACACGCUGGACUACAACACCACCAUUGUGGCACAGGAACAGGUGGAUGCCAUCUUGAAUUUGGUAUCCACACUGAUACAAGACCAACCAGACCAGCCAGCUGAUGAUCCUGACCCUGAGGACUUUGCUGAGGAGCAGAGCCUUGUGGGUCGUUUCAUCCAUCUGCUCCACUCUGAAGAUCCUGAUCAACAGUACCUUAUUCUGAACACAGCUCGGAAACACUUUGGUGCGGGUGGAAACCAAAGGAUUCGCUACACACUCCCUCCUCUGGUGUUUGCUGCCUACCAGCUGGCCUUCAGAUACAAGGAAAACUCCUCAUUGGAUGACAAGUGGGAAAAGAAGUGUCAGAAGAUCUUUUCCUUCGCCCACCAGACCAUCAGUGCACUUAUUAAGGCUGAGCUUGCUGAGCUGCCUCUUCGACUCUUCCUGCAGGGGGCACUGGCUGCAGGCGAGAUUGGCUUUGAGAACCAUGAGACUGUAGCAUAUGAGUUCAUGUCACAGGCCUUUUCUCUGUAUGAGGAUGAGAUAAGUGACUCCAAAGCCCAGUUGGCAGCCAUCACGCUGAUCAUUGGUACCUUUGAGCGAAUGCGUUGUUUCAGCGAGGAAAACCACGAGCCGCUGAGGACUCAGUGUGCACUGGCUGCCUCCAAGCUGCUGAAGAAGCCUGACCAGUGCCGAGCCGUCAGCAUCUGCGCCCAUCUCUUUUGGUCAGGUCGCAGCACUGACAAAAAUGGUGAAGAGAUCCGUGAUGGUAAGCGGGUGAUGGAGUGUCUAAAGAAAGCCCUGAAGAUUGCCAACCAGUGCAUGGACCCAUCACUGCAAGUCCAGCUUUUCAUUGAAAUCCUCAACAGAUACGUCUGCUUCUAUGAGAGAGAAAACGAUGCGGUGACUGUCCAGGUAUUAAACCAGCUGAUCCAAAAGAUCAGGGAAGAUCUUCCCAAUCUGGAGGCAAGUGAGGAAACGGAGCAGAUCAACAAACACUUCCACAAUACACUGGAGCAUCUUCGCCUGCAGAGAGAAUCCCCUGAGUCUGAGGGCCCUGCCUAUGAGGGCCUGGUCCUUUAAAACUAUUGCAGGUUGGAAGGAUGGAGAGUCCAUCCAUAAAUGUGUCACUAUAUCAUGAAUAUAAAACUGCACACACUCAAAAGGAAACACAAAGGCGAGGAAUAAAAAUAAACAUCAAGAAAUGCUAAAAGAACUCAGUCCUUCUGUUUUUUGAUCAUAAUUAUUAUUAUUCAUUUUUCAGGAUAAUUUCCUCCUCAGUGUCCCUCAAUGGCAGAACUACUUUCUGUAACAGGUUGGAGAUGUUACACUUUAAGAAAUGUGUGUCAGCAACAGUGUACUUAGCUUCAGUUUGCACUUGUGGCACAUCUUAGGCAUCAUUCCUUUAUGAAUUCAUACUUGACCAAUUUAUCUUUAACCUUCAUCUCUUUAUUGUCAAUAGUAGACUUACUAGCUGUGAUAAGUGUAUACACUGAGUCAACAACCCCUCACUUGUUCACAUCUUCCCAAACUGAGAAGUGGGUAUAUUAGCUGAGUGUAUAAAGGCCACAGAAUAUAGUAGUGGUGUUACAGCUGUGAAAUAUAUGAGCUAGUUUCCAAACCUGAAUAAUCAAUAACUCUGCUGUUCUUUAGGAUGGCUUUGUGGCACGUUUUAAAACAGGUUGGGACCAACCAAACCGAAGACCAGACAAAUGGACUUACUUGCAAACAUUGGCCCCCCAGGAAUGAUACAUACAAGUUGCCAUACUGAGUACGUAAUGAUGUACACGUUUGUGUGUAAGAUUAUGGAAUUUUUUGCUGCAGCAUCUGACAGUGUCUGUGGAUCGCUCUUUUUUAGCUAUUGUUGAUUUGUUGAAGGCAGUAUUCACCAAUUUCUCUCCCUUUUUGAAUCUGUGUGUAAACCCACUUGUAAAUCAGAAAGAAAAAAGCAGAUUAAAUAGCAAUUAUCAUUGUCAUUUACUGAAAUAAAAUUGAAAUUAACAAUAAAUAUUUGCAUUUUGUUAAUUUUACACAUGGCAUAUGAAUAUAAUAAAAUCUUAUCAUUAUUAAUA